AUGGCGGCGAGGCAUCUCCUCCUCCUCCUCGCGCUUGUCUGCCUACAUGCUCCUUCUCACUCGGCUUCGGCUCAGCAGCCGGAGGAGGCGACGGUCAUAGUUAAAGGAUCCACUAAAAUUGCUCAGACGGAUGUGAAUUACAUCUGCGCCACCAUUGACUGGUGGCCGCCGGAGAAGUGCAACUACAAUCAGUGCCCCUGGGGCCAAUCUUCCAUUCUGAAUUUGGAUUUGGAUCACCCCUUUCUGGCUCAAGCCAUUCAAGAAUUUCAUAAUUUGAGGAUUAGGCUGGGAGGCUCUUUGCAAGACCGAGUUGUUUACGAUGUUGGGACAAAUAGUCCGUGCUCUCCAUUCACAAAUGUGUCAAAUGGUUUGUUUGGUUUCUCAGCCGGUUGUCUAAGUAUGGAUAGGUGGGACAAACUGAAUGAUCUAUUCCAAAAAACAGGAGCAAUUAUCACAUUUGGUCUGAAUGCACUCCAUGGAAGGUACAAUGUCCAACGUUCCUUCUGGGCAGGGAAGUGGAACUCUACAAACACCUAUGAUUUUGUCAAAUACACAAUCUCAAAAGGAUACCCAGUUGACUCGUGGGAAUUCGGUAAUGAGCUGAGUGGGCAUGGAACUGGCGCAAGAGUUGAUGCCAAACUUUAUGGAAAGGAUGUAACUGAACUUAAAUCCAUACUCCGGCAGUUGUAUAGGGCACCGCUCUCCCAACCACUCCUGUUAGCUCCUGGAGGAUUCUUUGAUCAACAGUGGUACACCCAGUUACUUCAGACUUCAGGUCACGGUGUUGUUAAUGCCUUGACGCAUCACAUUUACAAUCUUGGUGGAGGGGAUGAUGUCCACCUUAUGAGGAAGAUAGUAGAUCCUAAGUACCUAGAUCGUGCUGAAGACACUUACCGGGACAUGCAACUUACCCUUCAAAGGCAUGGAACAUGGGCUUCUUCUUGGGUUAGUGAAAGCGGUGGGGUGUUCAACAAUGGCCGUCAACUGGUGUCAAAUACUUUCAUGAACAGCAUCUGGUACCUCGAUCAACUUGGAAUGGCAUCGAAGUACAACACAAAAGUGUUCUGCAGGCAGACUCUCAUCGGUGGCAACUACGGUCUGCUUGACACGCAGACAUUCUUACCAAAUCCUGAUUACUACAGUGCUCUGCUGUGGCAUCGGCUUAUGGGCAAUGGAGUUCUCUCCGUCGAUAUAAAUGCACCGCGUAAGCUGCGUGCUUAUGCCCACUGCACCAAGCGACACAAAGGAAUCACUAUCCUCCUGAUCAACCUAAGCAACAGCACCGUGUACAACGUGACCCUCCAAAACGACCUCAACGUGAGCGUCGAGAGGAGAACCGGCCACCGGAGGCGCAGCAGCGGCCUCAGAAGAGCAGUGUCAUGGCUGGGAAGCAAGCCGUCGAGCGAGAGCACGAAGAGGGACGAGUACCAUCUGACCGCCAAGGACGGCGACCACCAGAGCAGGACGAUGCUGCUCAACGGCGUCCCGCUGGAGCUGGGGGACGGCGGCGGCGUGCCAGCCCUGAACCCGGUGCCCGCCGCCGUGGAUUCGCCCGUGCACCUGGCCCCGACGUCGAUCGUGUUCGUGGUCCUGCCGAGGUUUGAGGCCAAGGCCUGUUCUUGA